UUUUUAAUACUCCAUAUAAAAUUUUAAUACAAACUUCAUUUUGAUGAACCCCCAAACACAAAGAGUAGAUGGUGAUAGGAGGAGAUAUGGCAAACAGAGUGCUGAUUUUGGACGUAUGAGAGACUUCAAGGAGCUGACUAUUUUGAAAAGGAAGUAUAAGAAAGUUGAUAUGAGUGGGUAUAAAAUGAAGUUAAAAAAUGAAUCCAAGGAUCUUAAAAAUCCACUAAUUGAAAGCGACCAGACAAAUGGAUCUUCUCAAUGUGAAGUUAAACAAGAAUGAAAUAUCCAGAGCCAAGAUUUUCAUCCCGAUGAAGGAAAAGAGUCAUGCAUAUUUAAAGAACAGUACCUCAAUCGUAGUCUCAGACACAAACUCGCUCGAAGAGACACUGCUAAAUUCGGAUUACCUCCAAAAAGAACCCCCACAACACUCCAAGACCCAAAUCUAACCAAACCAAAAACAUGCUGCUUUAACUUUUUCAAUUUCUAACC